AUGUCGCAGCCGCAGCAGCAAUCCCUCCUCGACCCUUCCAUCUUUGCCAGCCUCGAGUCAAAGCUCGAGGAGGAGACGCGCAUCCGCGACGCCCUCACCCAGAUCCUGCAGCGCCUCGAGCGCUCCGUCGGCGCCGCCCAGGGCCUGCUCACAAAGGUGCACUCGACGCCGCGCGCCAGCUAUCCUCAAUUGGUCACGCAGCUCGAGGCCGCCAUCAAGGAUGAAGCCGUCAUCGUAGCCGAGCUCAACGAGCUCGCCUCCAAGCACCCCUACUACAAGUACAACUCGCGCUGGUCGCGCACUAUGCAAAACGCCAUCGGCACCGUCCUCUACACAGCCUGGCUCGGCGGCUUCUCCUCUCUCGCCUCCCCCAGCACUACCACUACUAUCCCUGCCGAGAUCGGGCAGCUCCUCACCCUCGAGCAGGUCGGCGCCGUCUUCGCCGCGCCCACCAACGUCAAGGACCGCGACACCUUCCACCUCACCAUCGAGGAGUACCUGCUCGCCCUGACGGACCUGACGCAGGAGCUCGGCCGCCUUGCCACAAACGCCGUGACCCUUGGCGACUUUGCCCUGCCGCUGACCGUCAGCGCGUUCCUCAAGGACCUCUUCGCCGGCUUCCAGCUGCUGAACCUGAAAAACGACAUCCUCCGCAAGCGCGCCGACGCCGUAAAGUACGACGUCAAGAGGGUCGAGGACGUCGUCUACGACUUGAGCCUACGCGGGCUGGUGCCCAGACCCGGCGCGGCAGACGCAGAGAUGAAGUCCGAGUAA